AUGUGUCUUUUGUUUCACGUCACAUCUCAUGUAAUUGGAUUUACGGAACAUAAACAGAGAGAACACUAGAACAGUUUCAAUUCUAAGCAAUUUUUCUGAAAAGAUGCACUCUCAUGUACAUCCUGGAGCACCUAUCCUUCAAUGGUCCCCUGAUAAAACACAUAUUGAUAGAGAACGAUGGAUCUGUAUAUACCCAGCCUAUAUAAAUAGUAAGAAAACAAUACCACAAGGGAGAAGGAUAGCAAAAGAAAAAUGUGUGGAUAAUCCCUCAUAUCAAGAAAUCCGGGAUGUAUUAUCAGCUACUGGGUUUUUAGUUGGUGUCGAAAAUAAAUUUUAUUCUCGAGAGAGAAGUAAAGAAUUAUUAUAUAAGGGUAGAAUAAGAGUACAGUUAAAAAACGAAGAUGGAACACCUGUUAACCCCAAUUUUCCCACAAGGGACAGCCUUUUGAUUCAUUUGGGAGAAAUGAUUCCAAAACUCAAAACAAGGAGUGUCAAAGCUGGAGGUGAUCAACCUGCAUCUACCAGUUCAUCUGGUAAAGGAAAAGGGAAGAAGGGUCGCCGGUGAUUAUUUGGUUCACUAUAUUGGAAUUAUAUCUAUGUUUUUUAAUCAUGUUGUGGUUGAAAUAUACAAAAGAACCUUUCA